CAAAUGUGGGAAAGAGGCUUGGACUCAGUAAAUCUACAGUGUGGACAAUAAAAAAAAAUGUAAAUGCAAUUAGAAAAUCUGUAGUUUCCGGCAAAUAUGUAAAUGCGAAGAAAACUUUAUACUCAAGAAAUGUUUUUAUUGAAGAAAUGGAAAACCUAUUAACAGUUUGGAUUGAGGAUCUCAACCAGAAACGAAUCCCAGUUGAUACUACAACAAUAAAACAAAAAGCUCUACGUAUUUGUUCACUGGAUGGCCAAUAAAAAAGCCUGGGUAACUGGAAAUAUAUUCCAAGAAUGGUUUGCUAAAUGCUUUGUACCAGAAGUUAAAAGUUAUUUGAAGAAGAAGAAACAGCCCUUUAAAGCUCUUUUAAUAAUUGACAAUGCACCAGGCGAUCCGUUGAUUGAACAUCCUGAUGUAAAUAUCAUUUUCCUCCCGCCGAAUACUACAUCAAUUAUCCAGCCAAUGGAUCAAGGCAUUAUUGCGACUUUUAAAAUGUACUACCUCAAAAAAAACUUUUCAGUGCAUUAUGGAAAAACUGGAGGAAAAUCCUGAAUUGGACUUCACCGAUGCUUGGAAAAAUUUUUCUAUCAAGAAUUGCAUCUUGUACGCGUUAAAAGUAAUUUCUGAAAUAAG